AUGGAAAUAAUAAAACCCACACCUAAAAAUCCACCACGACCAGCACUCCUUUCUUCAGAUGAAGGUAGUUUUGCAUAUACCUCUGCUAUAUAUAGAUUGGAAAUUGAAGAAAAAAAUAAGGAAGGAAAGGAAAUUAUGGAUUCUAUUGCGGGAUUGAAAUAUCAAUUGCAACGAAGAAAGAAAUUAAUUCCUAUAGAAGAUGAUGGAGAAUCUGACAUUGAUGAUUGGAAUUACGUAUUUCAUAAAUAUUUUGAAGGAGAAGAUUGGUAUUCAGCCACAUGGUUAUUUACAGAAUGUUAUUUAUAUCGAAGAAUUCGAUCAAUAUUUGCUAAAACCAAACAUUGGCAUGAUUAUGAUCCAUUCUUUCGACAAAAAUUGGAAUCAUUUAAAGCAUCAAUUAAUUCAAUAAUUGAAAUUUCUAAACUUCUUAUUUCACUUUGGGGGAAUUCAACAGAUUUAUCAUUAUUACCUAAUUUAAAUUAUGAAGAUAUUAAGAGAUUACAAAAUACUGGUGAAAAUUUAUUAAAAGAAUCCGAAAAGAAUAUAUUAGCUAAUGAUUUGGAUAAAGUGUGGAAUGUAAUUUCUAAAUAUCGAAAGACAAGAAUUGAUUUUAUAUUGGAUAAUGCUG